AUGCCCGAACCAUCUCCCGGCGUAAACCACGCUGAUUCCAUCGAAUCGCAACAUGACUCGGGAAAGAAGGAUGAGAAGAAGAAGAGCCGCAGGCCGGCAAAUACGGCAUUUCGGCAGCAACGUCUGAAGGCAUGGCAGCCGAUUUUGACGCCCAAAACGGUUCUUCCUCUGUUCUUCACGAUAGGAAUUAUCUUCGCCCCAAUCGGUGGAUUGCUUCUUUACGCAAGUGCAAAGGUCAAGGAAAUCCGAAUCGAUUACACCCACUGCCGGGAUGCGAAGGAUGUAUUGGAACCGAUGGACUCCAAGUACAUUUCAAGCUCAUUCAAGGACCAGACGAAGAAUGCUCUGUGGGCUUCGACCAAUGUCAGCAUUACGACACCAGGCGGUAUUACGUAUGAAACGCAGCAGUGCAGAAUUCAAUUCAACAUUCCUGAGGAUAUGGGACCGCCUGUGCUGUUUUACUAUCACCUUACGAACUUCUAUCAAAACCACAGACGAUACGUAGCUUCAUUCUCCGAUAAACAGCUGAAGGGCGAGGCGUUGAGUGCUAGCAAGAUUUCAAGUUCAAGCUGCGAUCCACUGAGAACUGAGACUGUCAACGGCACCGAAAAGCCAUACUAUCCCUGUGGGCUAAUCGCAAACUCAAUGUUUAACGACACCUUCACCUCGCCUCGUUGGUUGCAAGACGACACUCUAUAUCAGAUGUCUAAUAACUCCAACAUCGCAUGGGCAUCUGAUGCAUCCUUGUACGGAAAAACACAAUACAAACCUGAUGAGGUUCUCCCUCCGCCAAAUUGGAGGGUUCAGUACCCCAGUUAUACUGAACAGAACCCUCCACCAAACCUGGAGGAAUGGCAGGCUUUCCAAGUCUGGAUGAGGACUGCUGGUCUACCAACUUUCAGCAAGCUCUACCAACGAAACGAUAACGAUGUGAUGAAAGUGGGUACCUACGAGGUCAACAUUACGGACAACUUCAACACCACGGAGUACAGAGGCACAAAGUCUAUUGUGCUUUCGACACGCACCAUCAUGGGCGGCCGGAACCCCUUCCUUGGUAUUGCCUAUAUUGUCGUGGGUGGCAUCUGCAUCCUUCUUGGAGCAUUAUUCACCAUUACACAUCUCAUUAGGCCGAGGAAACUGGGUGAUCAUACGUACCUGUCAUGGAACAACGCACCAGGCUCCAAGUCCGGUCCCAGCACGGCGAUGGCUUCUGGCCGCGACGCGCGACCCGGUGAAGCCUAG